AUGUUCAGCUGGCUGGGGAAGCAGGGCGGCGGACGGGAGCGCGCCGGCGGCAGCGAUGUGGUGCAAACGGUCACCGGGGCUCUGCGGGACCUCUACCUCCGCAAGUUGCUGCCGCUGGAAGAGCACUACCGCUUCCAUGACUUCCACUCGCCCGCCCUGGAGGAGGCCGACUUCGAGAACAAGCCUAUGGUACUGCUGGUGGGGCAGUACAGCACCGGCAAGACCACCUUCAUCCGGUACUUGCUUGAACAAGACUUUCCAGGCAUGCGGAUUGGUCCGGAGCCCACCACCGAUUCCUUCAUUGCUGUGAUGUAUGGAGAUUCAGAAGGAAGCAUUCCUGGAAAUGCCCUAGUUGUGGAUCCGAAGAAACCAUUCCGUAAGCUCAGCCGCUUUGGAAACGCUUUCCUGAACAGGUUCAUGUGUUCUCAGUUACCUAACCAGGUACUGAAGAGCAUCAGUAUCAUCGACAGCCCUGGCAUUCUCUCUGGAGAGAAGCAGCGCAUCAGCAGAGGCUAUGACUUCUGCCAAGUCCUCCAGUGGUUUGCUGAGAGGGUCGACCGCAUCAUCCUCCUUUUUGAUGCCCACAAGCUGGAUAUAUCUGAUGAGUUUUCAGAGGCUAUUAAGUCAUUCCGGGGCCAGGAUGACAAGAUUCGAGUGGUGCUCAAUAAGGCUGACCAAGUGGACACACAGCAGCUGAUGAGGGUCUACGGUGCUCUCAUGUGGUCCCUGGGAAAGGUGAUCAACACUCCAGAGGUGCUGCGGGUCUACAUUGGCUCCUUCUGGGCCCAUCCGCUCCGAAACACGGAUAACCGAAGGCUCUUUGAGGCCGAGGCGCAGGAUCUUUUCAAGGAUAUCCAGAGUCUCCCACAGAAGGCUGCUGUGAGGAAACUCAAUGAUCUGAUUAAGAGGGCAAGACUUGCAAAGGUUCAUGCAUAUAUCAUCAGCUAUCUGAAAAAAGAAAUGCCCUCUGUAUUUGGUAAAGAGAACAAGAAGAAGGAACUGAUCAACAGAUUACCAGAGAUCUACAUCCAGCUGCAAAGGGAAUAUCAUAUCUCAGCAGGAGACUUCCCUGAAGUUAAGAAAAUGCAGGAGCUGUUGGAGACGUGUGACUUCACUAAAUUUCAUUCUCUGAAACCAAAGCUCAUUGAAGCUGUGGAUAACAUGCUGGCCAAUAAAAUUGCCUCCCUGAUGAACCUGAUCACUCAGGAAGAAAGCAAUAUGCCCACAGAGAUUGUACAAGGCGGAGCAUUUGAUGGCACCAUGGCAGGACCUUUUGGCCACGGUUAUGGAGAAGGUGCCAAGGAAGGAGCUGAUGAAGACGAAUGGGUUGUUGCCAAAGAUAAACCUGCUUAUGAUGAGAUAUUCUACACUCUGUCACCAAUCAAUGGCAAAAUAUCUGGGAUUAGUGCAAAGAAGGAGAUGGUAACUUCUAAACUGCCCAACAGUGUCUUGGGGAAGAUCUGGAAACUUUCAGACUGUGAUGGUGAUGGGAUGUUGGAUGAUGAGGAGUUUGCCUUAGCAAAACAUCUCAUCAAGAUUAAACUGGAUGGAUAUGAACUGCCUGGCACACUCCCUUCCCACCUGGUGCCACCAUCUCACAGGAAACCUCUCCAGACAGUAGAGUGAAAAAUACAUGGAGGAGCUUGGAAAUCUUUAAACAAACGUGUUGAAACCACCAACAUUUGAGAAUUAGGCCUAAGUUUUAAACCUCACAGCACAUUUCAUGCAAGUUACUGAAAUUAGAAGCAUGAUAGCAGGGAAGCGUUCAUGUAGCUGUCCCUGCUGACCUUCACUCAGACAUGCUUAUCACAAGUGCCUUGUAUAGCUCUGUCGUAAGGUGAAAAUGUUUUUGUAGUCCUGCUUCUGUGUCUUGCUGCCUUUACAACCAUACAGCAGAAAAGACCAUGUAUAGAAACCACUGACCUUCACCAAACCUAAAUACUUAGCAACCAUAAAGUUCCUCCAAACUAACUUAAAUAGUGCAAGGAAGCUCUGAAUGUUAAAUUCACCUGCCUAUGCAAGUAACAUUUUCUAUGCUAAAAACAUACUGCAGGCAUCAAGUGAAUGUCAGCAUCUCUGGAGUUUUAAGAAAAGCUUGAUACAAAAGGGAAUUGCUAAUUUUCUUUUCCUUAUCAAAUAGGGAGUUAGAAAAAGAGAGAAGAGUAAUGGGGAGAGUCUUUUAAGUGCUGAGAAUACGAGCAGGCUUGUCUUAAAACUUUACUGAUUAUAUCUAGAAAUGCAAAAUAUUAAAAUGAUUCUUUCAGUCUGUCAUCAUUGUGUCUUGUUAUCUGGAGACCUGCCUCCUCAGUGCUGUACAGCACUAUAUACUCAGAAUUAGCACUGGAAGAACUACAUCUCCUUCGCUUCUGGAUUUGAAGUUUCUUUUGAGGUCUUGGUUUAGGUGCCCUGCAGAUUGAUAAAUUCCUGAGUUGUUCAAAGUGACAGGAAAACAUUUUCAUAAGCUGAAAAAAUAGAUAAAUCAUGUUUCUGUUGAAAUCAGGCUUUAAAUUCUGUUCAGAAGAGGUGCUCUGCUCAAAGUCAGCCUCUUCAAAGCACAUCAAAUUGUCUUGGGAAGUUUUCAUUGGUAUUUGAUUUCUGUUUGCAAAUAAUUUUACAGUUAUCUUUCUCUCUUUUUUUUCAAUAUAUAAUAUUUCUGAUAAAAGUUUUAACUUUUCCCCUAAGUGUAGCUGACAGCCAUAAAAGAGGAAUUCUAUUCCUAUGGUGUCAGAUUUGAAAGAUGGGCAAGCUAAUGGGAAUCUUUACAUUAAUUCUAAUAAUUGAUAUCUGGCUCCCUCCAGCUCCUCUAGAUCACAGAAUCACAGAAUAGUAGGGGUUGGAAGGGAGUUUUGGAGAUCAUCUAGUCCAACCCUUCUGCCAGAGCAGGUUCACCUAGAGUAGGUUGCUUAGAGUGGCUAUUAUUCCUGUAUUGAAAACAAUCUGUGAAAGAAGUGGAUGCUUAAUAAACAUUCAUUUUUCUAACAACACAAUCAAAGCUGAACAUCUUGGCUGCUCACAGCUGAUUUUUAUCAGUACCUUAAAAGACCACAAUUUUUUGGCCCUGUGAGCUUGAAUCUUUCAGGGAGGGCCAAUUUUUUUCUGAAAUCAAACAAGUUUUGCUCUGUGCAUGUGAGCAGCAUUUGACUUGUGUUCCAUGUGCAGUAUGAAUUUCCCCACAUCAAAGAUACUGUAGUUUUGAGCACUUUUUUUCUUUGGGUCUCAGUAAGUGGUAGCAGUGUAGUGCCUUCUGAGGCAGAGCAAGCCAAAAGGUUUUUCAGCAUCCUUGCAGUAGGGGUGGGAAGGGAAGUAGUUUGGGUAUUGUCUCCCAGUUAGGGAUUUAAUCACAUUUAUGUGUUCAGAUUUGUAGGUCACCAAAGAGCCUCAGCUUCUUAUUUCAAAUCAUUCAUUUGUAGGUUGUGAUUUUGGUUUAAUACUUACGAUCUUUCCAGACCUCUUACCAUCCUGUAUCUGUUCUGAUGUGAAAUUACCACAGAUACUGCCAGGGCUGUACCAUGUGGAAAGCAAUAAAGCUAUUUUAAGUAAUAAUGGAACACCUUUACUUUGCCAGGCUUACGGGUCUCUAGCAAGGAUAUCCCGGCAUAGUUAAAUCUUUCUUGAGGGCUUGCUUGUUGUUCUUUUUCAUUCUUAGGUUUUUCUCUUUUCAUUCAAGCAUACCAACUUAAUUUCUGUUAGACCUAAUGCAGGAGCCAAGUUAGCCUUGAUGCAUUUCAGUGUGACUUAGUAGAGCUGUGAAGUUCAACCACGAGUCUGGCAGUGUGACUGUACACCUGCAGAGCAACUGAUAUUUCUGUGUAAUUCUUGAUUGAACAAAAAGUCUAUAGACCUUGCAGGAGUUGUUUAAUACAUAAAUAAAUAAAUCAGGCUGCAGAAGUAGUAAUGUGUGCUUGUUUGUGUGUGAUGUCUGCAGUCAGUAACAAAUUCAUAUACUAAUGACCAACCUGAUUAGAUUAGUAGGGAAAGACACCAGGAGAAAGAAAGCAAGCUUGUGUAUCAUGACUACUGUAGUGUGGGCAAAGCUGAGAGGAUCUGGGGAAGGUGCUGUUGUUCUAUCUAUGCCUUACCUUGAUCUUUAGCAGCACAGGAUUCUCAGGGUGGACCUAUGUUUGAGUUCCCACUGUGUGUAGUUUCAAGGGGUGAUGCUCUAAAUGCCUUCGAGCCAUAUGAUCCCCUCCUUCUUCAGUGAGCACAGCAGGAUAGUUUCUCAGUGAUUUUUAUUUUUCUGGCUUUAUUGGUGGUAAAGUGGAGAACACAGCCUUUUCUUCAGUCUCCAUGACAGUGUGCUGAUUUGGGCUUAGGAGAGACAAAUUGAAAUGCAUCAAUUUGAUAAGUAAAAAUAUUUGUCUAGGUAGGUUUGAAAUGUUUUUCUGGUUUUCCUGUAGAAUUUUGGAAGGAGCAUGCAUGAAGCAUAUAUAGGAGUAGGGGUGUAUUACCUGGAGCAGUAGAAGUAUUUCAGGAUUGGUGUGCAAAGCUACAUGCAUAGAAGUAUUUCCAGAUAGUUUUAGUGCAGUGCACUGGCAACAUACUUGGUUGGUAGGAAUAAAGUACGUGUCAUAUGGACUUUAAACAGCAGUUUCUUGCAUAGCUGAACUGAUAGCAGGUUGCUGUUGCUCAGGGGAAGAGGUCUCUCUUCUCACUACCUCCUUGCAGAACUGUGGGCUUACUCCAUUUGCCUUGCUGGUUCUUGAGCUUGUCUCAGAUCCUGCAAACCCAUUCAAUGGGUUAAAUCAGCCACAGACAAGAGUGUGGCUGAUGUUCUGUGGAGUUAGUAAGUUCAAGUGUUAGGAGCAUGAGAAGUGAGCAGGAUAUCCCUUCUCUCAUGAAACUGUGUUCCACGUAGUUACCAGGAACAGCAGUAUGAGGUAACCUUUAGUGUUCAGUUUGAUGUUACUAAUGUCUACUGAAGGAAGACUACGAAGUUGAAUUUGGCCAUUUUAUGCCUAGGAUUUUGAUUACAUUUGCUGCGAGAGCAUUAAAAACUGUCAGUAAUCAUUCCUGUAAAAUCAGUGCCCACCUGAUGCCAUAAACCAAAGUAGCGUCUGCUGCUUUUAUCUCUUCUCCAGCACUUUUGAUUCCCAACCCUAGUUCUGUUCCCACAGAAAUUAGAACUUUGUUGGAAAUGAAAAUCUGGGCCUGCUGCUUACCACACUGUUUUGUCAGCAAGAGUCUUUUAAAGCUGAAAAUGGUGAGUUUACAAAGUGGUGGUUUUGGUUUGUUUGUUUUUUUUU